ACAGCCUACGCCUACUAUUAGCUAACAGGAAGUGUUGCAAUCUGGCACCAAGGCUCGCAACUCGGCUACGUUCAGUCUAUAAGUUCUUUAAAACAUUAUCAUGUAAAAAAAAAAAAAAAGGAGGAACGGUUUCAUUAAAUGAGAAACUUUUAGAGCGUUAAACGACGACUCGUGGACCAGGAGUAGUCCUUCAAAAUAAAAUCCAGAACAAUGCAUUUGUCUUUACGUUACCUCGCAAAGCCUGUUCUGCAUGGAUACUUCAGAAGCUCCUGCUCCUGGAGGGUUCGCAUUGCUUUUGCCCUUAAAGGAAUUGAAUUUGACCAAGUUUCAGUCAACCUAAUCAAAGAUGGAGGAGAGCAGCUAACAGAACAGUACAAAACAUUGAACCCCAUGCAACAAGUUCCCGCAGUGGAAAUCGAUGGCGUCACCCUGUCUCAGUCGCUGGCAGUGAUUCAGUACAUCGAUGAGACCAGGCCUGGACCUCGUCUCCUUCCGGCAGACCCAAAGAAACGCGCUCAAGUUCGGAUGAUAAGCGACCUGAUAGCCUCAGGGAUCCAGCCACUGCAGAAUCUCUACGUCAUUCAAAAGAUUGGAUCAGAUAAGUUGCAGUGGGCCCAGCAUUUCAUUGAUCGAGGCUUCCAAGCUCUGGAGCCCAUCCUGAAGCAAACUGCUGGGAAAUACUGUGUCGGUGACGAGAUAUCAAUGGCUGACAUCUGCUUGGUCCCACAAGUCUAUAAUGCAGCAGAGAGGUUCGAUGUAGAUGUGGACCAGUACCCAACAAUCAAAAGAAUAAAUCAAACCUUAAAUGAAGUCGAGGCUUUUAAAGUGAGUCAUCCAUCCAGCCAACCCGACGCACCCUAAGAAAUGCGUUCAUAAAAUCGAUAAUUGUGAAUUCCUUCAUCUUCAAUAAUAAAAAAAAAAAAGUGUUGGAAAAAUAA